AGAGACAGAGACAGAGACAGAGACAGAGGGAGAGGGAGAGACAGAGACAGAGACAGAGACAGAGACAGAGACAGAGACAGAGACAGAGACAGAGACAGAGACAGAGGGAGAGACAGAGACAGAGACAGAGAGGAAGAGGACAGGGAGAGAGAGAGACAGAGGGAGAGAGAGAGACAGAGGGAGAGAGAGAGACAGAGGAGAGAGAGAGACAGAAGGGAGAGAGAGAGACAGAGGGAGAGAGAGAGACAGAGGGAGAGAGAGAGACAGAGGGAGAGAGAGAGACAGAGGGAGAGAGAGAGACAGAGGGAGAGAGAGAGACAGAGGGAGAGAGAGAGACAGAGGGAGAGAGAGAGACAGAGGGAGAGAGAGAGACAGAGGGAGAGAGAGAGACAGAGGGAGAGAGAGAGACAGAGGGAGAGAGAGAGGACAGAGGGAGAGAGAGAGACAGAGGGAGAGAGAGAGACAGAGGGAGAGAGAGAGACAGAGGAGAGAGAGAGACAGAGGGAGAGAGAGAGACAGAGGGAGAGAGAGAGACAGAGGGAGAGAGAGAGACAGGAGGGAGAGAGAGAGACAGAGGGAGAGAGAGAGACAGAGGGAGAGAGCGAGACAGAGGGAGAGAGAGAGACAAAGGGAGAGAGAGAGACAAAGGGAGAGAGAGAGACAAAGGGAGAGAGAGAGACAAAGGGAGAGAGAGAGACAAAGGGAGAGAUAGAGACAAAGGGAGAGAGAGAGACAAAGGGAGAGAGAGAGACAAAGGGAGAGAGAGAGACAAAGGGAGAGAGAGAGACAAAGGGAGAGAGAGAGACAAAGGGAGAGAGAGAGACAAAGGGAGAGAGAGAGACAAAGGGAGAGAGAGAGACAAAGGGAGAGAGAGAGACAAAGGGAGAGAGAGAGACAAAGGGAGAGAGAGAGACAAAGGGAGAGAGAGAGACAAAGGGAGAGAGAGAGACAAAGGGAGAGAGAGAGACAAAGGGAGAGAGAGAGACAAAGGGAGAGAGAGAGACAAAGGGAGAGAGAGAGACAAAGGGAGAGAGAGAGACAAAGGGAGAGAGAGAGACAAGGGAGAGAGAGAGACAAAGGGAGAGAGAGAGACAAAGGGAGAGAGAGAGACAAAGGGAG